UCAGCGUCAGCGGCUCAGCAUCCUCAUAUCGUGUUCAUCCUGGCUGAUGACUUUGGCUGGUAUGAUGUGGGGUACCACAGCUCAGAGAUCAGGACGCCAAACCUGGACAGACUGUCUGCCGGAGGAGUCCGCCUGGAGAACUACUACGUCCAGCCUCUGUGUACCCCGUCCCGGAACCAGCUCAUGACUGGGAGGUACCAGAUUCACACAGGCAUGCAGCACCAACUCAUCUGGCCCUGUCAGCCAUACUGUGUGCCACUGGAUGAGAAACUGCUGCCCCAGCUAAUGAAGGAGGCAGGGUACACCACGCACAUGGUGGGCAAGUGGCACCUGGGCAUGUACAAGAAGGACUGCCUGCCUACACGCCGUGGCUUUGACACGUACUUUGGUUGGUAUAUUGUAGAGUAAAUGUCUCAGAGACCACA